CACAAAAAUCUGUAAAGCACCUUCGGACCGGUCUGGAAGUCACCUGAGAGUUCUGGAUGUCCUGCUCCUGCGUCUUCUUCUUUUUCUCCUCCAUCAUGCGAUCACAUUGGCCUUUAUAAAACACAUCAAGCAAAGGGAUUUAUUACUGUGUCAUUAUCGAGUUUGUGCGGAGUUUUUCCUUUUCUUUUUUUUGCGGAGCGACAUGGAGUACAGCAGCUCCCCGAAGCCGCAGCUGUCCUCCCGGGCCAACGCCUUCUCCAUCGCCGCGCUCAUGUCCAGCGGCAAGCCGAGCAAGGACAAGGACGGCGGGGACAGCACCAUCAAGCCGCUCGAGCAGUUCGUGGAGAAAUCAUCGUGCAGUCAGACGCCCCUCUCGGAGCGCUCCUCUUCAUCUUCAUCUUCCUCUUCGUCGUCACUGGACAUCCUGCAACCGCUGGCGGGAGAGCUGGUCGGGAGCGCGCCGCUGUCAGGCGUGGGGGCGUGCACGGAGCCCCUCAUCCCCACCAGCCCGCCGCUCCCGUGCAGCGAGGAGAUGGCCAACAUCUCAUGCAGCCUCGAGACCAAAGAACUCUGGGACAAGUUCCACGAGCUCGGCACUGAGAUGAUCAUCACCAAGUCGGGAAGGCGGAUGUUCCCGACCAUCCGUGUGUCUUUUUCGGGUGUGGAGCAGGAGUGCAAGUACAUCGUAUUGAUGGACAUCGUCCCGGUGGACAACAAGCGCUACAGAUACGCUUACCACAGAUCCUCGUGGUUGGUGGCCGGCAAGGCGGAUCCUCCUCUUCCUGCCAGGUUGUACGUACAUCCCGAUUCUCCGUUCAGCGGCGAGCAGCUGAUGAAGCAAAUGGUUUCUUUUGAGAAAGUCAAACUCACCAACAACGAGCUCGACCAGCACGGACACAUCAUCCUAAACUCCAUGCACAAGUACCAACCUCGGGUUCACAUCAUCAAGAAGAAGGAGCACACGGCCUCGUUGCUCAACUUCAAGUCGGAGGAGUUCCGCACGUUCGUCUUUGUGGAAACCGUCUUCACCGCAGUCACCGCGUACCAGAACCAGCUGAUCACCAAGCUGAAGAUUGACAGCAACCCCUUCGCCAAAGGAUUUCGGGAUUCGUCGCGGCUAACGGACAUGGAGAGCAGGGAAAGUGUGGAGAAUCUGAUCCACAAGCAUUCGUACGCCCGCUCGCCCAUCAGAACAUACGCCGGCGACGACGACCAUUUGCCUGACGACGGACACCCGCCACACGCCAGAGGCUCGGCGUUCACGGCCUCGGACAACCUGUCGCUGAGCUCCUGGGUGAGCAGCGGCACGUCGGCGGCCUUCUCGGGCUUCCAGCACCCUCCGUCACUGUCAGCCAUGGGGACGGGCGGAGCCGCCUCCCUGCCGCACCCCAUGCAAGGCUCGCUGCCCCCCUACGGGCGUCUCGGCAUGCCCCUGACGCCGGGCGCCUUGCAGGCCGGCGGACCGUCCUUCCCAACCUUUCACAUGCCGCGCUAUCACCACUACUUCCAGCAGGGGCCCUACGCCGCCAUUCAGGGCCUGCGCCACUCUUCCGCUGUCAUGACGCCCUUCGUAUGACUCCGCCCCCCUCCCCAAACCGCCUCACUCUCAUCUUGUGUAAAUAGCUCACUGUAACGAAAGGACGAAGAAGCAGGAAGAAAGUAAACGAAAGGGACAUCUUGGCGCAUAAGGACCAGAACAUGGAGUCAGCCAUGUUGUCAAAAGCGACCGGAUUGGUUUGCAUCCUCGUUGAGACGACGAGAGAGCCUACCAGCAACAUUUGAUGGGAACGAGAUGUGAUUCCAAACACGUGUACAGUCAAAGGUCAACCUAUAGUAUGUGAGAAAUUAGGACU